AACCCACUAAACAAUAUUCUGAUUUUAUGGAUGAAACAUGCAGAGCUUGGACGACUAAAGCAGCUUCAGAAGAUUGAUGUCCAUAACAACUCCAUACAAGUUGGUUCACAUCUCUGUUGGGGGAAAAUUCCUUCACUUCGUGUCCUAGAUUUGUCAACAAACAAGUUAGAAGGUGACAUUCCAAAAUGCCUGUGUGAGAAUCUUCGUCUCAAAGAUCUAUUUCUGUUCGAUAACUUUCUCAUUGGAAACAUCGACGCAUGCUUGAGAAAUAUGACUUUACUUGAAUACGUAGAUCUCUCUGAUAAUAGUUUCAAUGGCUCCUUUCCUUCGUUAUCAAUUAGCAACCUAACAAAUAUUCAGUCAGUUAUUCUCUCAGGAAAUGAGUUCAAGGGCAGGAUUUCACUUUCGCACUUCGCAAAUUUAUCGAGGCUAAGUUACCUUGACAUCUCAUGGAAUUCGUUCGAAGUUGAAACUGAGUCCAUAACUUGGGUUCCAUAUUUCAAUCUGUCUGUGCUAAAUUUAGCCGCUUGUAACCUCAGGACCAUCCCCAGCUUCAUUUCCUCACAGAGGCACUUGGAAUCACUAGAUUUAUCAUGCAAUUCACUCAUAGGGAAGAUUCCUUCAUGAAUGCUUGACAAUGUCUCUAAAAAAUUACAGCUAAGAAGAAAUGGUUUCAUAGGACCAUUUCCUAAGUCCUUUCAGAACAGUUCACAGCUUACUGAACUUGACAUCUCUGAUAAUCUUUUAUCAGGGUCAUUUCCUGAAGAUAUUGGUGUCUAUUUUCCAGAAUUGCACAAUCUAAAUGCUUCCUUGAAUAAUUUUAGUGGCAAGCUUCCUCCAUCCUUUGUUAGAAUGAAACAGCUUUUGUUUC